AUGCAGGGAUUCGUGCGUGGCUCUCACCACAAUUCAAUGGCGGAUUCUAAUCCGCCUGAAGUAGUUCACUUUUUCCUCGAAGUAACUUACAUUGGCUCCGGUGAAAAAGUAAUCGGCUUUUUGUCUAUUCCUCGAACGACCCCUUCGCAAUGGAAUAUCCUUCGCAUGGCAGCUUCGCGAGGGAUUAAUUUGCCUAAGUCCGAUUCAAGCCUAAAUACGGCCACCCUAAUGUAUGCAUGCUUGCGUUUGUGCUCGUCUGAGUGCGUGUGUUCGUGA